CCCAACCAAGCGCCGCCCGCCUCGUGCCCUCGUCCUUGCGCGCGGGCUGCAGUUGUUCUUCAAGUGCCGCCUCCGCUUCGGCGCGGAUCGCCUCCCGUUAUCCCGUUCAUGGCCGGCCGCAGCGAUAAGAAACCGGCGAGUUCCGCCCCGCCGCGGAAGGGCGGUUACCCUCACGGAUCGGUCUACGGAAGUUCUUCGGAACCUCGAAAACAGGAUGCCUGUACAUUCUCUCCUUCGGUUAGCAGCAAAGAUUCACUGCAUAAGGUGGUCACGCUUACACCAGUUCAACCACAGAAACCUGUAGACUCCAGAGGCAGUCACUGUAAUGCAGGAUCUGAUUCUGGAGAGGCCCCAUUUGAUAUAUGCAUGAGUGGUAACAAGUGCGCUGUAAAGUUAAAACCAUCCAUAUUCGAGACCAACAGAGAAAGAAAGCAGCGAGACAGAGAAUGUUCCAAGGAUGUACGUCCAUUGCAGUUGAGACCUGGGAUGGUUCUGUUGAAAAGAUUCAUAAAGCCUAAUGAUCAGGUUAAAAUUGUCAAACUUUGUUCGCAACUUGGUGUUGGUCCUGGGGGAUUUUAUAGACCUGGCUACCGAAAUGGUGCUUUGCUAAAACUGUGGAUGAUGUGCUUAGGGAAGAACUGGGAUCCAGAUUCAUCCUCGUAUGGAGAUAGACGUCUGUUUGAUGGUGCUCAACCACCGACCAUACCAGAAGAAUUUCAGAAGUUCGUUCAAGAUGGCAUCCAAGCUUCCCAUGAAUUCUUGAAACAACAAAAAGGAGCUACCAAUGUUGUGCAAGAAAUCCCUGCAAUGUCUCCGGAUAUCUGCAUUGUUAAUUUCUACAAUAGUAGUGGGAGGUUGGGUCUUCAUCAGGACAAAGAUGAAUCACAGAGCAGCCUUGACAAGGGAUUGCCUGUCGUUUCCUUUUCGAUAGGCGAGACUGCAGAAUUCAUGUUUGGCGAUGUUAGAGACGAAGAGAAGAUUUCAAAGGUUGAUCUUGAAUCCGGCGACGUCCUAAUAUUUGGUGGCGAGUCAAGGCUUAUAUUCCACGGGGUUAACAACACCAAACCUAAAACGGCACCAAAGUGGCUUACGGACGAGACAAGUCUUCGACCUGGGCGUCUGAAUCUCACAUUCAGGCAGUACUAGGCAGGUUUCCCCCACCUUGAGCAUUUGCAUUGGAACAGCAAAGAACUUGCUCAUGAUAUUCUAGUACUAGGGUCAGUUGGGUUAGUUACCAGUAGAGAUCACCUGUCAUUUCUUAUAUAUAUUCCCUCAUGGGCUACUCACAAGGAGAUCUAUCUAGUCACUGAAAACCACCACUUAAUCCAUUGCUACUCGCUUAAAUGUU